AGAAAAAAGAAAAAAAAAAAAACUCGUGGAUGGGCUACACGCGUCCGCCUUCUCUGUCAUCUUCCUCCUUUUGCCGUUUACAUUUUGUACUAAAGCACCGCAAUACUCAGUCGCCGUUAUCAACCAAAUGAUAGUGUCGCCCAUCGGUAGCUUCCUUUUAGCUGGGAUCCUCGUCCUCUCUCUGCCUUUGUUAUUAGUGGAUUCCCACAAUCCCCAACAAAACUUAGGGUUUUACGGCGAACAAGACGAUACAGUCGUCCAGAUGGCUACUCUCGGAGGCGUCCGCGACACCAAAGCUGACAUCGACUCCCUUUCCCGCUUUGCUGUCGACGAGCAAAAUCGCAAACAUAAUGCAUUGCUCGAGCUGGUCAGGGUUGUGAACGCGGAAGAACAAGUGGUUGCAGGUACACUGCAUCAUCUUACACUCGAAGUGGUUGAGGCUGGGAAGAAGAAACUUUAUGAGGCGAAAGUGUGGGUAAAACCCUGGAUGGACUUUAAGGAACUACAAGAAUUCAAGCAUGUUGGAGAUGUUCCUUCCUUUACUUCCUCGGAUCUGGGUGUUAAGAAAGAUGAUCAGGUCUCGGGGUGGCGUUCUGUGCCAGUGGAUGAUCCUGUUGUUCAAGAUGCUGCUCAUCAUGCUGUUACAACCAUUCAGCAGAGAUCUAACUCUUUAUUUCCCUAUGAACUUAGUGAGGUUAUCCACGCGAAUGCAGAGGUGGUUGAAGCAUCUGCCAAGUUCGAUAUGCUUCUCAAGGUCAAGAGAGGAGGUAAAGAAGAGAAGUUCAAGGUCGAAGUGCAUAGGAAUGAGGAAGGUGGUUUCCAUUUAAACAAAAUGGAUAAUACUAAUGAAGGUUAACUAUGGAGAUAGUUGUUAUCUGCUGAAGAUGGAUACUGUACAAUAAUAAUGGCUGUUAGUGUUGUAACUACAAGUUACCUGGUCUGUACUUCUGUUAUUUUCAUGAUUAGAAUGCGACUAUAAUAAGUAUUGUGGGACUUUUGAACUUUGUUAUCGUUUUGAGCUUUUGUGAAAUCAGUGCACACAUUUUCCUGUCUAUUUCUUUCUGGGUUAAGCCUCGCUGUCGGAAAAGAGACAAAACCAGAUUUUUUUAAAAAACUGGAAAGUUAAUGAUUUUAAAAAUGGAAUGAAUUCAAGGAGCCAGCU